AAUUGCAAGUUCGAACCCUCUCUCUCUUUUCUCUCUGCCGCGAUUUAAUUUCUACAAGAUUCCAAACAAAGAGAUUUGAUAGAAAGUGAGAUUUGCAAAAUUUAUUCUCUUCCUCCUCUAGUCCUCUCUUAUCAUUAAUACACAUAUACUCUGUCCAUCUCUCUCUCUCUCUUAGCUUCAUGGCAUCUUCGGUCUCCGACCAUUCAUUGACUUCUCGAUCUCUGGUCUCCAUCUAAGUACUAAGAAACCCUAAUUUAUUCUUUUCUCCUCCUUCUCCACUCAUGUUGAGAUCAUCAGAAACGCUUCGUAUCCCUCCUAUCCGGCUUUCUUUGGCUAUUCCUGUCAUCAGAUUCCGCCAUGGUUCCUGAUGCUGAAUCCUCCACAGCUCUUCUUCUCUCAUGUGGGUUUUCUAGUAGUUUCGAUUUUAUGAGGUUAUUACAAAGGGCUCAUCACUUCUCUGCCGUCUCAGAGGACGACGACAACGAAGACAUUCGCUUAGGAUCUGAUCAUCACGUAAAAGAUAAACAUCACCAAGUUUGUAGGAGAGAUUGUACUUUCAUGGCCGAUCAAGAAGAGCCGAGGAGUACUACUUCUAGGUUAAGCUCCAAGGAAUACGACGACAACAACAAUAAUGAUAACGCCAACAAUGAAGCCGAAGAUCAUGAGAUGAGACAAGAAGGCUGGCUCCGGUUAAGCACAGGCCACGAGGAUGAUGUUAAACCAAAUCUUGACCAUCGGCAACAACAUCAAACCGAUCCAACGGAUAGGGGAGACUCUUUUCUAGAGCUUAACCUUUUCUCUGGCGGUUCAAAUAGAGAUGAAGGAGUUGGUCUACCAUCAAUGCCAUCCCUCUUUCAUCAUCAGCAUCAGCCAAGAGGGAUGAUUAAUCCAUUGAUGUUCCCUACCAGGUCUGAUCAGGAGAUGAUUGGUUCUUGGGCGGCUGCCUUUAGAACACCUUUUGUUCCACAAAACUUAGUGCAACCAUCAUCAUCAUCAUCAUCAUCUGCUUCUUUGAUGAUGCCAUUGGUAGGACCCUACUUUGGCCGCUCCAAUUUUCAACAGCAGUUAAUAGGGAAUAAUAAUAAUAAUCCGGAUGUUGUGGCUGGUCCAAGCUCGAGUUUUCGAGUCGUUGAUCCUCCUAGACGACCCCAUUCCGGCGUUUGGUUCCUCCUUCAAGCUUCUCAAAACCAGACAAGAGAACCAUUCUUGCCUCAGAUACCAAAGAGCUACUUGAGAAUCAAGGACGGGAAGAUGACUAUUCGACUACUGAAAAAAUAUUUGGUGAAUAAGUUGCGAUUGGAGCACGAAUCCCAGGUAGAGAUAAGAUGCAGAGGGCAAGAACUGGAGCAAGUGUUGACACUACAACACGUGAGAGAUGCAAUAUGGAGAGGAAGCAGAGAAAAUUCUUCUACUAUUUCACAAAACCUUACUUUGCUUCCAAAUUCAUCUACCUCUGAUCAUCUCAUGGUCCUCCAUUAUGGAAGGAGUACUCAUUCUUAAUUAUAUGAUUCUAUAAUACUUAUUCUCUAUUUUAUUAUAACACCAUAUUAUUCUCAAGAAAAAUAACUGCCCACCCUCUCUUCUUUUAACUCAAAAUUCCCACCUUCUUCAAUUGUUUUCCCCCCUGUUUUUUUUUUGGCGGCUGCUUUCGAUUAUAUAUAUCUUUGGUGAGAUUUGAGGAAUGUUCGAUCAAGAAUGAAAGAGAGUAUCUAAUUGAUCGUUAGGAGUAUGCAUGUCCCGGUUGGUGUUUUUAUUGUUGUAUCUUCUGGGGUUGUGAGUAACAUUAACGCAUGAAAAAGUAUUCGUAUUUAUAUACAAUAUUUUCAUGCUA